GCCCUCUGUCUCCCGUCCCUGUCCUCUGUCCCCUGUCCCUGCUCUCAGGUCCCCCGUCCCUGUCCACCGUCCCUGCCCUCUGUCCACCGUCCCUGUCCCCGUGGCUGUCCUCUGUCCCCCAGGUCAUCGUCCUGGGUCUCCCCGCGGCCCGUGCGCGCCACUGUCUUGCCGCUGGGGGGAGCGCGGCUCUCGGCGGAGCGGGCAGGGCUGCAGCGCAACCUCACCUGCCCCGGGCGGCGCGGCGGGGCCUGGGCGUGGGAGGAGGAGGAGGCAGCGGAGGUGGAGGAGGCCGGAGAGGAGGAGGAGACGGGGAGGAGGAGGAGGCCGGGGAGGAGCCCGCCGCGUCCCGCCGAGUGAAACUCCAGCCGCGGAGCCCGGGGACGCGGCCGGCUCCCCGCGGCGCCCAUGGCGCUGAGCAAAGGGCUGCGGCUGCUGGCGCGGCUGGACGCGGACGGCCAGGGCAGCGUGCUGCUGGAGGCGCGCGGCCGCGGGGACGGGCUGCUCUUCGAGGCCGGCGUGGUGGCCACGCUGGCUCCGGAAGAGAAGGAAGUCAUUAAAGGACAGUAUGGCAAGCUGACGGAUGCCUACGGAUGCCUGGGGGAGCUCAGGUUAAAAUCCGGUGGUGGCCAUCUGAGCUUUCUAGUGUUGGUGACAGGCUGCACGUCUGUGGGCAGAAUUCCAGAUGCAGAGAUCUACAAAAUCACCGCCACAGAGUUUUACUCUCUACAGGAAGAAGCCAAGGAGGAGGAUCGCCUGCUUGCCCUGAGGAAAAUCCUGAGCUCGGGAGUGUUUUAUUUCGCAUGGCCCAAUGAUGGCUCCUGCUUUGAUCUGACUGUCAGGGCGCAGAAGCAGGGUGAUGACAGCUCUGAGUGGGGGACCUCCUUCUUCUGGAACCAGCUACUGCACGUGCCUCUGAGGCAGCACCAGGUGAGCUGCAGUGACUGGUUGCUGAAAGUCAUCUGUGGGGUGGUGACCAUCCGCACGGUUUAUGCCUCGCACAAGCAGGCCAAGGCCUGUCUCAUCUCUCGUAUCAGCUGUGAGCGCGCUGGUGCUCGAUUCCUCACGCGCGGUGUGAAUGAUGAUGGCCAUGUGUCCAACUUCGUGGAGACAGAACAGACGAUUUACAUGGAUGAUGGAGUGUCGUCCUUUGUCCAGAUCCGAGGCUCCGUUCCGCUGUUCUGGGAGCAGCCAGGGCUUCAGGUUGGUUCCCAUCAUCUGAGACUGCACAGAGGCCUGGAGGCCAAUGCCCCUGCUUUUGACAGGCACAUGGUGCUUCUGAAGGAGCAGUACGGGAAGCAGGUGGUCGUGAACCUGCUGGGAAGCAGAGGCGGAGAAGAGGUGCUCAACAGGGCCUUCAAGAAGUUGCUCUGGGCUUCUUGCCAUGCCGGUGACACGCCUAUGAUAAAUUUUGACUUCCAUCAGUUUGCCAAAGGUGGGAAGCUAGAGAAAUUGGAGAACCUGUUGAGGCCUCAGUUAAAGCUGCACUGGGAUGACUUUGAUGUGUUUGCAAAGGGCGAGAAUGUAAGUCCACGUUUUCAGAAAGGUACUUUACGGAUGAACUGUCUUGACUGCCUGGACCGAACCAACACUGUGCAGAGCUUCAUCGCACUUGAGGUCCUUCAUCUGCAGCUCGAGAGCCUGGGCCUGAAUUCAAAGCCCAUUGUUGACCGCUUUGUGGAGUCCUUCAAAGCCAUGUGGUCUCUGAAUGGGCACAGCCUGAGCAAGGUGUUCACGGGCAGCAGGGCCCUGGAAGGAAAGGCCAAGGUAGGGAAGCUAAAGGAUGGGGCCCGGUCCAUGUCUCGUACCAUCCAGUCCAACUUCUUUGACGGGGUGAAGCAGGAGGCUAUCAAGCUGCUGCUGGUUGGAGACGUCUACAAUGAGGAGUCCACAGACAAAGGGAGAAUGCUGCUGGACAACCCGGCCCUUCUGGUGACACCCAGGAUCCUGAGAGCCAUGACUGAACGCCAAUCAGAAUUUACAAAUUUCAAGCGGAUCCAGAUCGCCAUGGGGACCUGGAAUGUGAACGGGGGGAAGCAGUUCCGGAGCAAUCUCCUGGGGACAGCUGAGCUGACGGACUGGCUCCUGGAUGCCCCCCAGCUCUCAGAAGCAGUGGAUUCCCAGGAUGACAGCAGCCCUGCUGACAUAUUUGCUGUGGGGUUUGAAGAGAUGGUGGAACUGAGUGCGGGAAAUAUUGUCAAUGCCAGCACCACCAACAGGAAGAUGUGGGGCGAGCAACUUCAGAAAGCCAUCUCACGCUCGCAUAGGUACAUUCUCUUGACUUCGGCACAGCUGGUGGGCGUCUGUCUUUAUAUCUUUGUGCGUCCGUACCAUGUUCCAUUCAUCAGGGAUGUGGCCAUCGACACAGUGAAGACUGGCAUGGGGGGAAAGGCAGGGAAUAAGGGCGCUGUGGGCAUCCGCUUUCAGUUCCACAGUACCAGCUUCUGCUUCAUCUGUAGCCACCUGACUGCUGGGCAGUCUCAGGUGAAGGAGAGGAACGAAGACUACAGGGAGAUCACCCACAAGCUCUCUUUCCCUGCGGGGAGAAACGUUUUUUCUCACGAUUAUGUGUUUUGGUGUGGUGACUUCAACUACCGAAUAGAUCUUACUUAUGAAGAAGUCUUUUAUUUUGUUAAACGCCAAGAUUGGAAGAAACUUAUGGAAUUUGACCAGCUGCAGCUACAGAAGUCAAGUGGAAAAAUUUUUAAAGAUUUUCAUGAAGGAGCCAUUAAUUUUGGACCCACCUACAAGUAUGAUGUUGGCUCAGCCGCCUAUGAUACAAGUGACAAGUGCCGUACCCCAGCCUGGACAGACAGGGUGCUGUGGUGGAGGAAGAAGCAUCCCUUUGAUAAGACAGCUGGAGAACUCAACCUUCUAGACAAUGAUCUAGAUAGUGACACCAAAGUCAGACAUACCUGGUCUCCUGGGACCCUCAGAUACUACGGCCGCGCAGAGCUACAGGCAUCUGAUCACAGACCUGUGCUUGCUGUCGUAGAGGUAGAAGUGCAAGAAGUUGAUGUGGGUGCCCGGGAGAGGGUUUUCCAGGAAGUGUCCUCUAUCCAGGGUCCCCUGGAUGCCACUGUUGUGGUAAACCUUCAGUCACCAACCCUAGAGGAGAAAAAUGAGUUUCCUGAGGACCUGCGCACAGAACUUAUGCAGACCUUGGGGAAUUAUGGGACGAUCAUUCUUGUCCGUAUCAACCAGGGGCAGAUGUUGGUGACUUUUGCAGACAGCCACUCGGCUCUCAGUGUCCUAGAUGUGGAUGGCAUGAAGGUGAAAGGCAGAGCCGUGAAGAUUCGACCAAAGACCAAAGACUGGCUGAAAGGCCUGAGAGAGGAGCUCAUUCGGAAACGAGACAGUAUGGUCCCCAUGUCCCCCACUGCCAACUCCUGUUUGCUGGAGGAAAACUUCGACUUCGCAAGUUUAGACUAUGAGUCAGAAGGGGAUGUUCUAGAAGAGGACGAAGACUAUUUGGUGGAUGAGCUUGGACAGCCUGUGGUGUCAGACAGUGAGCUGGGUGGAGAUGACCCUCUAGAUGCCAUGAGCUCUACAGCAGUAGCACCAACUAGCAAGUCCCCUGCGCUAGCCAAAAAGCAGCAGCGUCCAACGUACAAAGAUGAUGCUGACCUGGUGGAGUUAAAGCAGGAGCUGGAAGUCAUUGGAGAUUUCCGCCACCGUUCUCCGAGCAGGUCCCUGUCGGUCCCCAAUAGGCCUCGGCCACCUCACCCACCGCAGAGACCCCCCCCUCCAACUGGUUUAAUGGUGAAGAAGUCAGUCUCAGAUGUAUCCAUCUCCUCUGGCACUCAUGGGCAGUAUUCAAUCUUGCAGACAGCAAAACUUCUACCAGGAGCACCUCAGCAACCACCAAAAGCUAGAACCGGAAUAAGUAAACCUUACAACGUCAAGCAGAUCAAAACCACCAAUGCACAGGAGGCAGAAGAAGCAAUCCGAUGUCUCCUGGAAGCCAGCAGAGGUAUCCCAGAAGCAGCCCCAAAUGCCAUGGCCCCCAGAGACCAAGGAUCCUUCAAGCCAGAGCCUGUGUUGGGGGGGACCAAACCAGAGACCUCCCUAGGGCCCCCAGUCCUGCCCCGUCGGCCUGCACCCAGGGUUCCCGCCAUCAAGAAGCCAAUGUUGAGGAGGACAGGAAAGUCCACGCCACCGGAAGAACAGCUUGAGCCGCAGCCUGUCCAUUUUACCAUCGGCCCCCUGGACAUGGGCCUUGAGACCCCUCCUCCAGUGGCAGCCCCUCGAGUUCCACCCGUUCCCAAACCAAGAACAUUUCAGCCUGGGAAAGGUGUUGAGAGGAGGCCCAGCAGCAGCAAGCUAGCAGUAGAAGCCCCUCCCAUGACAGGAGCCACCGAGCUACCACCUCCAGAGGCUCCAUCUCUGGCACCCAGGGUGCCCCCGAGGAGGAAGAAGUCUGCCCCAGCAGCCUUCCACAUGCAGGUCCUGCAGAGCAACAGCCAACUUCUCCAGAGCCUCACAUGCUCCAGCAGCUGCCCACCUGGACUCCAGCCUGAUCCAGAUCCACUCUGUCCACAAGUGGGUUUUCUUGGCACUUCAACCGCCAUAAGCCCUGAAACUGAUGGCCCCAGAAUGAUGAGGCCCGAGGCAGCCUCUCCUCUUGGCGAUUACCAGGAUCCCUUCUGGAGCCUUCUCCACCACCCUAAGCUGUUGAAUGAUACCUGGUUACUCAAGAGCUCUGACCCUUCAGGUGAGGGGCCCAGGAGCCCUGAGAGGACACGCAGGGACACAGCACAGGUCCACACUCCUGUGGCUCAGAGGGUACUCCCACCAGACCAUGGCGAAAAAGACUUCAGUCACUGGGUGACAGUCAGUAACAAGGAUAAGAGGACAACGUUAGGCGUUUGACCUGCUGACGAAAGUAUGGCCUGUCUACUUUGAAGACAUUCUCCUGCAGAAUGUUCACCUCAUGGGCAUCGCUUGACUGGGUCAAAGGGGAUGCUAUUUAAAGUCAGACUGAAACUCUGUGCAUUUGUCACUCUUACGUAGUUUACAAAAACUGUUUCCCAUUCGGUAAGAGUAUUACUCAGUCACCAAAACGUUUCACCCAAGCCCUGUGCAUUUUAAGCUUGCUCUCAGGGGAAUGGAAAACCAGCUGUUAGAUCCAACACAUAGAUUUUAAAGGAAUGAAAUCUAGCUGUCCAGGAGGUUCUCUCCCAUUGAAUUUUAAAUAGCUGGUCCAUUUAUGUGUGGAUGUGAUUUGGUUGUUGUUGUUUGUAUUUUAAUCUGGGAUAACUGGUGGAUGUAUAAAGGAUGACAUUAAAAGCAGUUGGGACCAUUAGGAGGGAUUCUGGCCAGGAUAACUGAAAAAAAAAGCCAGAGUUGGAAACAGCAGCUAGGCCAACAAAGUGCCUGGACUGUACAUUCCUAUGAGCCCUGGUGUCUGUGGAGUUGCCCUUCACAGCUGCAGGUUCUGUCUCCAGGCUUGGCCAGCUGCUGAUCAGAAAGACUGCAUUUGUGCUGAACAAGUAUGUUUUGAUCAUUACUCCCCAAACAUUGCAGCGAAACAGUUCCGUGUACAGCAUUUAUACUGCAUUACGUAUUCUAAGUCAUCUAGGGAUCAUUUAACACGUACAGGAGGAUAUGUAGGAAAUACGCAAAUGCUGUGCCAUUGGGGACUUGCGCACCUAAGAAUUUUUGGUACCUCAAGAUCCUGGAACUGAUCUCACAGAUACUGGGGGUGAGGUGAUAUGUGUACUAUCCUUGAUAAUGUGUAAGUCCUGUGGAAGCUAGAGUCAGUACUGUUUCAGAUCUGAUGCAUGCACCAUUAGCUUACACUCAGUUUGGACCAGCUGAGACCCCUACAACCACACCAUAGACGUUGCAUGCCCUGUACACGGCCAUGGCCAUGUGCUAUGCUGUGCUGCUUAACCCGAUUUGCAUCUCCCAUCUGAAUGAAAUUUUGUGGACACUGGUCCCCGUAAAGUCCAUAUUACAUAUAGGCACAAAAUGUGAAAACUCAUACUGGCCCAUAAUAUUUUCAUUGGUGUAAUAUAAAGAAUGCUUGUUUUUGCCCCAUCUACCAGGUAUGGUUUCAGGAAGGAAAGUGCUGCCUGCCCCUGUACUGUAAGAAUCCCUGUCGGGGUUAUCUGUAUGUCUAUUAGGUUUGAUGGUUGUGUGCCCAUUUUUCCUACGUUUCCAACACCACUUCUCACCUAUUCAAGAAAUUAAAAAGACAUCAUGAUGCUGUUUUAUAUUUUUUUUAAAUGCUGUAAGGUCUAGAAUCCAUUUGAAGCAGAUACAUUUUUGUUAAUAAAAGGUCAUUGGCUGCAGAAGACUUGAAACAGGAGGAUCAGACAGUCAAAGCCAGCUGGGUAACAGAACAAACCCUGCCUCAAAAACAAAGACCUGGGGGCAAGCCUCAUGGCUGGGGUGGUCACGGCCAUCUUGCCUGGGACAGGCCACAUUCUUUAUUACCCACCAGACCACUGCGGUUUCAGAUGUUAUUUUCACUAUCAGUCUCAAGAUAUUUCACAAGCACUUAAAGCUGGCACUCAAAAAGUUCAUUUAUCUACAACUUUCAUCCACAAA